AUGUACCUGACCAUCCUCCUAGCAUCGCAAACCUGCCCUGGUGGAGACACAACACCCGACUGCAUCAUGUCCAUGUACAACAUCAACUACCAGAUCCCCGACUCCGACUCCCCCGUGACUUUGGGCAUCGCCGGCUUCCUGGAAGAAUACCCUAACGAGCCCCUUCUACACUCCUUCCUGGAAAACUUCAGUCCCUACCGCAACACCACCGGCUACAACCCUCUCUACAACUUCACCGUCGCCUCGAUCCAGGACGGCAACGACACUAAGCUCGGCUUUGGCGGGGAAGCCCAACUCGACAUCCAAUACAGCAUGCCCUUCGUACAGCCCAUGAACGUAACCUACUUCUCCACGGGCGGCAGAGGCCCGUAUCUCGACGAGAACGGCACCGAAGUGCCCCUCGCCUCCAGCCUUAAUGAGCCAUGGAUCGAGUUCCUGGAAGCACUGCUCGAACGCGAUGAACUACCUACUGUGCUCUCGAUAUCCUACACCGACGACGAGGCAUGGAUUCCACGCGCCUACGCCAAGCGCGCAUGCAACCUCUUCAUGCAGCUCGGAGCGCGGGGUACAUCCGUCCUCGUAGCCAGCGGCGACGGCGGCUCCGCCGGCACCGGAUCUUCAGAGUGUAAGAACAACAAGUUCCGCCCUACGUUCCCCGUCGACUGUCCAUACGUCACGAGUGUUGGCGCAACGGCUGCCUACUCCCCGCUUAGCGCAGAGUGGUUCAGUGCAGGCGGGUUUAGCGACUACUUUGACCGCCCUACGUGGCAGGACGCGGACGCGAAGAAGUACAUCGCGCAACUAAACGGGUCGCAUGAUGGAUGGUAUGCGCCUGGUGGACGUGGUAUACCCGAUCUCUCGGCUAUUGGAACGCGAUUCGUGAUGGAUGAGAGUGGUAUCAAGCAGAAAGGGACGAGUGCGAGUACGCCUGUGAUUGCGGCUAUGAUUGCGCUUGCAAACGACAAGAGGAUGCGGGCUGGGAAGCCGGCGCUGGGUUUCUUGAACCCCUUGCUUUACUCGGAUGAGCUCCGGCACGUGUUUGUGGAUGUGACUGAGGGUCAGUCGGGUAGUUGUAUUGUUAACCGCACUGCGGAGCCUGGGUGGGAGACUGCUGUGGGAUGGGAUGCGGCGACUGGGCUGGGCACACUGGAUUUUGCUAAGUUUGUUGAGGCUGUUGCCUAG